GUAGACAGCCUGCACGUAAAUACAACUGAAGUCUAAAUUAAAGGGAGCGAGAAACGAAACCGAGCCAGUAUGGAAAACAAAUUUAAACAGAAGUGGAAUAUCACAACAAUUGCUCUCAUCGAGCAAUAUAUCAGCGAGGCAGGAGUUGACAUGCGCGAGGUACCGCCGCGUGGAUGAAUCAUUGAAACGGUCUCUGACGCAUCGAAUAAAAGAGGGAGGCCAACGAGGAAUCAAAGCGGAGCAAGGUUGCAAGCCAUACAAGAACCCGUUUCCACUACAGUAUUCAAUGAUGAAUAAGAACAAUGAAAAUGGCAUAUCGCUGACGACACCUCCAGCCAUCCAUGUUGGUCCUAUAGUGAAUCCAGGGACCAACGAAACCAUCUCUAUUGUGAUUCCAUUAUCAGCCCAGUUGGCCACGGUUACCAGCCAGAAAAUUGAGAAAUCUUGCAAAGAUUGUACCAAGGAUGUCAAACAGUCCCCUAAUAAUGUAAAUCCUCGGCCGAGGAAUGAUAAAACCAAGGGAUGUCCUUAUCCUGGUUGCACUAGGUACGGGAGAGCCUUCUCCAGAGCCCACGACCUGAAACGACAUAUUGCUCGUCAUGAAAUGAGGAAAGAGAAGCUGUCUGAUUACGAAAAUUGUGCUGUGAUCAACAAACAACAGCAAGGUGGGAAAGAAAGCAACGAGAAUGUAACAAAUGGAAUCAUUGAUAGGCAACAUGUGGUUUGGAAUGAUGAAUCACGUGAGAGCAAAUCUUACUCCUGUUUACAUUGCAAGAAGAAAUACACCAGUGAGAUCAAGCUCAAGGCUCAUAUGAACUCUCAUGAAAAGAUUCCAGAUAAGAAUGUGUGUGCUCUGUGUGGAACUUGUUCCCGGAAUGAAGAAGAAUUACAAGAACACAUGAAGCAACAUACAGCGAACAUGUUGGAAGCUCAGACAGCACUGGAAAAAAGUGAGAAACAGCAGCCGGACAAAGAAGACGAUUUCCUGCUCGAGGAGAUGUUACUUUUGAACAAGAAUCCACGAAGGGUCGCGCAACCAGGGAAAAAUAAUAUAAAUGCAGCGUCCAAGAUAAGAUGUGAUUACUGUUCCAAGACAUUCAAGACCAAAUGGACGUUGAGUUCCCACGUGGCAGCUCACGAAGGCCGUUUCCAAUUCGAUUGCCAUCAGUGUGGUAAGAAAUUCGUCAGGAAGAGCCACUAUGAGGGCCACAUGAGGUCUCACGAAGCAGCGCGACCUUACGUCUGUGAACAAUGCGGGAAAACGUUUAAAGAACUGAAGCACAGGAGAGAACAUACUAAGAGAAAGCAUCCUACUAAUCAGAACGCGAUUCAAACGCUGUUGGACAGCAUCAGUCCAUGCGUGUCGGAAGAGUUGCCGGUGGACCAGACCAAAUUCACACUUUUGAUGCCUGUUAAUUUCUCUGUUUAGAGUCGUCAACUUGAUUUCCCCCUAAAACAAUGCAACCUGAUUAGAUAAAUGUGUAAUUGUUUUUGCAAUUUUUAUUACUUUGCAAUUUCUUAAUCUAUCCUUUCAUUUGUUCUACAGUUUCAUCUUGAACGUCAACAAAUUUUGGUCCAACCCGGUAUGAAAAUUUUAGUGAUGUAAAAUUUUCGAUCGUACGGAUAAUUAAUUGGAAAAUGUUAGAUCCCUUUAGUGGAACAAAAGAGUAAAGUUGGAAAUAAAUCUCGAGAAAAUUUCUAGCGGAAAAAACUGACCGAAGGGGCUGAUGCUGUUCUCUCGUAAUAAGAAGAUUGUUAAAUUAUUAUUUUAUACUCGAAAAACCAUUGUUGUAUAUAAUUUGAUUAUAAUGUAAUGUAAUCUUAAAUUUCUAUCUAUAGUUUAUCGAUUCUAUCAACCAGAGCUGUGCUUUUUAUCAUUUUCUUACUUCUCGGACCGACAUUUAAAUCACACAGACAAUCUUGACUGCAAAAUAGCGUACAACAAAAUGUACAUACAAAACGAUUCUAAUAAAUCGAUUGCAAGAAAUCAUUAUCAUGCUUUUCACUACCGCGAACUGUACAAAAGUUG